CAGAAUGUACAAGUCACGCGUUUAUUUGGUUCAAAAGACUAUCAGACAGUUUUUGUCUCGCUUGAGAACUUUGCAAGAGAUUGCGCUGCAGCAGAUAAUGGCACAUAGAGCCGAGCAUUUUACUGUGCAUAAAGGAAAGCACAGAGAGCAGAAUUCUGAAUCUCACAAGAGUCCUGGAUCACCAAAAGUGAGACGAAAACGGAUCCAACGCUUGGGGGCAAGUAAAAGCUUGCCCGCUGGCGGUCUGAGCUCAGGAGUGGUGGAGGCUGUGCACCAGCAUGUGAGGAAUCGCUGGAAGAAGUAUUCUCAAGAGUAUUGGGAGUGGUCAAAGGAUAUGAAGCACUGGAAGACGCUCAGCGAGCGCUUGCCUUCUAUGGAUUCUGAUAUGUCGGAAGAGAUCCUGAAAAGGCAUCAGGCAGAUUCCGAUGCAGCUAGUUCCGAUGCCAGCGCUCCGCCCUUCCUUGUGCGACGAGACAAGGAUUGGAUCAAGUUCAAGAGACUCAAGUCUAUGCACAACGAGACGGAUGUUUUGAGUCGAAUUAGCCCCCCCAAACCGAUUUACUCCAUCCAACUCGACUUCGCCCAUGAGAUCCAACCUCUCUUGACUGAAACAUGACGAGAGGUACAUGGCAAGACAGUCAUGCGUGAGCUCUAGGCUACAUCUGUACUCCUACAAGUUGAGGUUGCGCAGGAACUCUGUAACAACCUGGUAAAAAAACAAGUCAACGCUCGUCAAUGAGCGGGUAUUG